AUGCAACCUCGUCCCAACUCGAACCUCAGCCUUACGAACAAAGAUGUCUAUUACACACUCUCAUCUGUUAUCGCAGUUAUUGAUUUAUCUGUAAAGGUUGCCUCACGGUGCUCUGAGUACUAUACGAAUGUCAAGAAUGCUCGAGACGAUAUCGGACGCCUUCAAAGAAAGGCCCAAGGAUUAAAAGCAAUACUUGAGAGAGUCUGUUCAAUAUGCGAAGGUCUAAAUGGUGUGAGACUUCAAGAUCCGCAGGGCUUGCGUAAGGGAGUGGAGGACUGCCAGAAGCAGCUCGCCCAGCUGGAGGCAAAGCUUGAGCUUCGAGGAACAGACAAGUUAAUGAGUCGCUUUGGGAAACGCGCUUUGAAAUGGCCUUUCAAUAGCAAAGAGGUGGAUAAUCUUAUAAAGAAACUCGAAAAUUGCAAGGCCAACAUGUCUUUCAACCUCCAAGUCGACCAAGAAAAUCAAAGCAGCGAAUGCGUAUUCUGGCUCAAUGGUAUGGCGGGCACUGGCAAAUCUACAAUCUCCCGCACCGUGGCCCAAAACUUUGCCGAUAAGGGAGAUCUCGGCGCUAGUUUCUUCUUCAAGAGGGGUAAAGGCGACCGUGGUCACACAGGAUUGUUUUUUGCAACGAUUGUUAUUCAACUUGUCCAAAAAUUACCUUCCUUAGCACCACAUGUUCAGGAUGCGAUCAAAUCUGAUCCAGGAAUCUCUGGGAAGGCUUUGAAGCAACAAUUCGACGCACUUGUCUUGCAGCCGUUAAAGAAGAUACAAACCGAUUCUCAGAAGCUUUCCAACAUAGUCAUUGUGGUUGAUGCCCUUAACGAGUUGAACUAA